AUGGGCACCCACGCGGCCUAUGCAGCAGCCGCCGGUAGUGGCAGGCUAAGUCCCAUUUUGAGCUUGGCUGAGCUUGAAGGUGUGGGCCUAGGCAUCGUGAUAUGCAUGCUCCAAGUCCUCAUCAGCAUGUACUUUGAGCAGUACCGGGGCGCCGCGAACGGCAUCAUGUUCGCCGGCUCCACCGCCUCUGCGGUCAUCUUUCCCCAUCUGUUGUAUUAUUUUAGAAACACCUACGGCUUCAGAGGAAGCCUGCUGCUGUUUGGUGCUAUCCUGAUGAACAUGAUAGCCGUGAGUCUCGCCUUUCGGGAACCGCCGUGGGUUCGUAAUGACAGAAUCAAGAGGAGAAAAGGCGCAGAGAAAACACAGCGGCCAUCAACCUUCACACCGGACUCAAAUCAGGGGUCAAAGGUUUCCACCACCAAGGUCGUGCUGCUGAACCUUCGCGGAGUGCUCAAGUGCCGCAUGACGUACGUGCUUGUAGUCACGUGGCUAGUGUUCUGCUAUAACUACGACAUCUUCUUCUCUACGAUUGUGGAUUUCGCCAUGGACAAGGGGGUGCCCUUCAAGGACACCGUUUCUUUCAUCACAUACACGUCCAUCACGGAUCUCGUGGGGAGACUUGCCCUGCCUAUUCUGACUGACCGCGGGCUCCUGCAGAGGUCGACGUUAAUGACAGUGAAUUAUUUUCUCCUGGGCUUGUGCACUGUGUCACUGCCAUUCUGCGAGACCUACUGGGCGCUGCUCACGGGGUGUCUGGGAGUUGCCCUAUUCCUCGGCUGCGCCAUUACCAUGCAGAGCGUUCUGGUGGCCCAAUAUUUGGAAAGCGAAAAACUUGCCAUGGGCUUUAACGUCAUCGGUGCCCUGUGCGGACCAGCACUCUUAGGAAAGGCACCAUUCGUAGGGUUUUUCAGGGAUGACCUUGGCUCGUACAACGAGAUGUUCUGGGUCCUUGGCAGCUUCAGCUUCUUCGUGAGCAUUCAGUGGGUAUUGGUACUUUUAGUCGACAGGAAUAGAACACAGAAGUGGCAGCCGGAUACUGCGCGCAUGUGAUAUGGAUCGACAACGUAACAAAAUAAAGC